AUGUCCUCAAAACGCAGAAGUCAUAGUGCCCUAGAUGAAGACGACGACACUAAUAUUCGGAAAAAGAGGUUCGCGUCAUCAAAGACUUAUAAUAGACGUUCUUCGUCAAUCGAGCAUUCUGAAGAGAGGCGAUCGGAACACAAAAUAAAGUUCGAAGAUGGAGAAAUUAGAGACAGAAUAAAAAAAGAAAAAAUCGAUAAGGAAUAUUAUAAUGUUGACUCAAGAAGGGACAAUGAUGUAACAAAAACAGGAAAAAGAUAUUAUGAAUACGAUUAUCAAAGAGAAAGCGGAAAAAGUGAUCGCAGAGAAACUGAUGACGACCGUCGAAGGAGAAGUAGAAGUAAUAGUCACGAUAUAAGAUAUGACGGUCACCGAAGAAACACGAUAGAGGAGAAAGAAAAGGAUGAUUCCAAGAAACACAAAAAGUCUUCAAAGAAAUCAAAAAAAGAGAAAAAGAAAGAAUCGAAGCAUUCGGGAAAGGAGAGCGAGACAAUAUCGGAUAAAUUAUCAUAUAUUGAGCUAUCAGCUUAUUCAAAUGCUGAUAAUCCAUUUAACGAUAUAAAUCUUGGAGAAAAAUUUGACUGGACCAAAAAAAAGGAUCGGGAAAGAAAAUUAGGAAUAUCACCGGAAGAAGCUAUUCGCAGGGAAAAAGAACGUCGCGAAGAAACGCAGGCAUGA